CGUUUGUGUUCCUUGUUUUGUUUUCUGCAGGGUCCUUUUAGUGAAUGGAGGCCUGGGGAAGUCAGGACCCUGCCUCUCCCACUCCUGGGGAUGUGCGGGCUCCCUUCCAGCUCUCCCACCUCCUCCGCUCCUACCAGGGCUAUGGGAGCCGAGCAGCCAGAUGUGGCUUCUGGCCAGCAGCCCCCUGGGGAGGCAGCUGCAGGCCCUUUCUCUGGGGCUGCUGGAAUAGGAGCAUCAUGCUCCAUGCCUGGCUUCACUGAGCAGGGGACUAGGGGCCCUGGCCACAGCAUGGAAUGGCCACUUUAGCUGGAUCCCACCGAGUUCCUGUGCCAGUUCCUCUGGAGGCAGAGGAGGCCCCAGGGAUCAGCCUGAUGCCAGAGCCAAGGGCACUCUUCACAGCACGAGCAGACGCCCAGGUGGCACAGGCUGCCAGGUUCUGUUCCUCAUGUGGUGAGUGGUAGCCACCCAGGCAUGCCUGCUUCCCAUUCUGGGAUUCCACCCCCGCUGUGGACAGGAGACCUAUGAGGUGGCACAACCACAGGCUCUUGGUCUGUUUGGAUGUGGGCCCCGCCAUGCCCCUGCUCUGCCAGGUAUCGUCUGGUACCUUAUGUUCACCAUUGCUUCAGAGCCACCCUGGGCCAACCUUGGGAACUAGGUGGCAUGAUCUCCAUUUUACAGAUGAGAAAAUGGAGAAUCAGACUAGUCAGCCACUCUAGGGUAGCAGUGGCAGAUGCAGGGUUCCAAUGUGCUUGGUCCUUCUCACUUGCUGCUGGCGUUAGGAGGUGGCGUUAGGAGGCCGGGAUCCUCCCUGGCUGGAAGCUGAAGCACUGGGCCCCCCACCCCCGGCCCCACUGCGCCUGCCUCAGCCCCACCGUUGCAGCCUCAGUCAUCUUGAGCGCAUGGUCAGACACCACCGCACCUGUCCCCAGGCGUCCUUGUGUUCCCACUGGCCUCCCAUCGUCAGGGCAGGGCUGGAGGUGGACAGGGGGCCCCAUGAACCCUUUCCCUUCUUGUCUCCUUGGAUGUGGCAGGUUUCUUCCAGGGUCCGGCAGGAAGCCAAGGGGCAGUCACUUUGCUGUGCUCUCAGUGUCAGAACCCUGUGGGGCUUCCUGCAGUGACCUUUAUGUGUCCUGUGUGGUGUGUCUGAGGUGAGAAGAAGCUGCUGCUGGGGGCUGCGCCAUGGGAGAGGCUCAGGCCCAGGCAGGGUUUCCAACAGGUCCAGGCUGGGCUUCUGGUGAGACCCAGAAGAAGCCUCUGCAGAGAUAGGAAGUAAGGAGUCAGGCGACUGCUGACCAGAGGACAGAGGUUUCUAUGGAGACCAGAGGAACAGGAAGCAUGGGACCUGGGGGAGGGGAGAGUGGGAGCCCAGAGGUGUGGGUGCCUAGCAGGAGAGCUUGUCAUAAACCCUGAGCCAGUCUCAUGGUCUCCUCGGACAGACAGGGAAACUGAGGCUUGUGGCACGUGGUCGCGCAGUGCCGGCGCUGCCUGGCCUGCCUGGAGCCCCUCUUAGGCCUGCACCACUGGGUAGCUGAGGACUCUGCACACAUGGGACCUGGCCUCCUGGCAGCAUGUGGGGCUGGGUUCUUUAGGAGCACCUGUAAACUGUCUCCAUGUUGUGAUGGGGGUUCAGGCCACCUCUGCCUCCUGGCCCCUGUCAUUAGUACAGGUCUGGGACAGCGAGCAGGGCUGGCCCUUACCACCACCCAGGGAGCACAGCAGCACCUCCCCCACCCACACUGUGGCCUUUUGUUUUCUGGGUGACACUAGCAUCAGGCGGUGUGUCCGGGUGACUAAUCUGCUCCAGGCUGGGCAGCUGUCACAGGGCAGCCUGGGCAGACGGGUGGGGAAAGCUGACACCCUGGGGAGUGCCGGCAAGCCAGUGUCCUGGCAGCGGUGGUGGCUAGGCCUUCAGGAGCCUUCCCAGGACACAAAGCAGACCCCAGAUCAGGCAGACCUGGGCACAGGUCCCAGCUCUGCCGCUGGCUGACUGGGUGACCGUGGGCAUGUUACUGCACCUCUUCAAGCCAUUUCCCUCAUCUUGCGAAGGAGCUGCUGGUCCUGCUUCCUUCCCGGGGCUGCAGUAGGAAUCAGAUGAGGCAAGGGCUUACCCAGAGCCUGUCACUGUCACAGGACCAGAGCACAUAGAAUAGCUAGUAUAUCAUUCCCUUCCUAACCCCUGAGUCCCCACCUCAGGGGCCAAGAGGAAAGACCCGAUGCUUGUCCAUCUGGGGUGCAGGGCUCACCACCGGGUAGCGUAGGUUCCCACACUGGUGGCACGGGGAUUGGCUGUGGACUUCGGGCGGCACCUCUCUGCACCUAGUUUCCUCGGCAGGAAUAUAGCACACAGUACCAUUCCUCAGGGUUGCUGUGGUUUAUAACAUACGUGUGUCGAGGGCUCAGCACAGUGGGCAAGUGAGAGUUAGCUGAGAUGAUGCCAGUUUUAGGAAAUCAGGGACACUGUGCCCAGGCCUGCUCUCCUAUCCCUGGGCUCACCUCCUGCUCGGUCCAUCUGGUUUGAGGGGACCGCCUUUGGGGGUGAGAGCUCUGUUUUGCACCCGCCUGUCUUGAACACUGCUUCUUCAGGCACAGCAGCCUCGCUCUCUGAUGGCGCCGGAGCUCAGAGCCUUCUGCCCACUGGCCCUCUGCUAUCACCCUGCAUAGGUCGUGAAGCUGCCUGCGAGACCACAGGGCAGCAACAGGGCAAGGACCGGGAGGCACUAGGGGUGCAGCCAUCCUCUCUGGCCCUGCUCCCUCCUGCCCACCGCUGGUCUAGGGCACACCCCCAUAUCCGACUUCAGCCAGACCCUCGGUGGGCAGAAGUCUUUUCUCCUGUCAGCCUAGGCAACAUCAUUUCAUGGCUGUGACUUGCACUCUGUGGCUACUGGGGACUAGGCUGUCCUACCCCCAUGGACUUCUCCCCAGGCUCAGGGCACAGGGCCCAGAAGAUAGGGGUGCUCUGGAAGCAUCACCACCCUGAGCUGUACCAACUUCACACCCUCCUCAAAAGUUAGGAGGCUGGGUAUGGUGGUGCACACCUGUAAUACAGCACCUGAGGAGGCUGAAGCAGGAGGAUCACAAGUUCAAAGCUAGCCUUAGCAACUUAGGUGGACCCUGUCCCAAAAUAGAAAAUAAAAAGGCUGGGGAUGUGGCUCUGUGGUUAAAUACCCCUAGAUUCAAUCCUUGGUGCCCUCCCCCCCAAAAAAAAAAGAAGUGUGGGCACAAGAACCGGCUGCCAGUGGCCUGUGGAGGAGGGAAGGGCGGAGAGGAGGAGGGCUGGCAAAAGGAGCCCAGCUCAGAACAGCAUGAGUGUGGCCGUGGGCUGCAGGAUUGUGUCAGGAGCCUCUGCCUCCUUGCAGGAGGGAGCUCUGGGAAGCUGGUGCUUGGAAUUGUGGGUCGUGGGGCUUCUAGAGCAGGCUUCCUCGGCAGCAGUACUGGCAGGGUUUCCAGGCAUGGCGCAUGGAGUGUCGUAUCUGCCCCUUCAGAAAGGUGGAGAUAGAGUCAUUGGGAACAAGAAAGUUCUUAGAGACAAAGGUGUGCACACAUGUUGGUCCAGGAGGCUUUUCUUUUGGCCCAAGCCUCUUACUUCCAACCCCUGAGUGAAGACAGUGUGGCUUUCCCUGAGGGGCUGACAUUCCUGUUUUCUAAGGCCUCAUUUCCCCAGGGUCUCUGAUUCCUGAACCAGAGUCAUAGGUCUGUGUUCCUAGGUGCCACCCUCACUUGGGCUGACCCCAGGGCUGGGGUUAAGAGUUCUGGGGUCUUAUCAGGACUGAAUUCCUUUGCGGGGUGCCUUGUGUUAUAAUCAUUGCUUGAUUUGGGCCCUGUUCCAGCAGGGGACACAGCCUGUUCCACAUUCAGGGCAAAGCAAAGGCUGGCUGUGUGUGGUGGUGCGUACCUGUAGCUUCCCCAGUUCAGGAAGCUGAGGCAGGAGGAUGGCAAGUUUGAGGCCAAUGUGGACAACUCAGCAAGACCCUGUCUCAAAAAACGUAAAGGGCUGGGGAUGUGGCUCAGUGGUCGAGCACCUCUGGUUCCGUCCCCAGUACUGGAAAAAACAGAUAGAAAAGGCCAAAAAAGGCUGCUCAAGAAGGAAAGGCCCCGGGCCCCACAGCCUGCCUGUGCCCGCUCAGACUCCCAGUUUUUCUUUUCUUUUCCACCACCUUCUGGCAAAGGGAUGAGGCCCUUUAGGUCCUGGGCUUUAUGGAUUCUGGUGCCUGGGCAGUGGAAGCCCCUUUUCCCUAGGACUUCAGAGACAGUCUGGGGUACAGCUGGGGAGAACGUCCUUGCCCCAGUAGCUGUAAACGUGGGUUCCUCUGUUACCCUCCCUGUACCCUCAAACACUCCACUCAUGGAAGCCAAAGGCCAAGGUUAUCCUUACCCUUAACUCCAGUGUCCCUUCUCUGUUCAUGGGGCAUGGGCUGUGAAAGGGCUCCUGGGCACAGACUGGCCACAGCCUGGCUGAGUUCCUGAUGUUCCUGGUCUCUGUGCUCAACAGCCACCAGCCUGCCCCUCGCAUGGAGACCUUCUUUAGGAGACAUUUCCAGCGGAAGGCACCAGGCCCUGGAGCAGGGCAGCGGCGGCCCAGCGGUGUGGGGCUGCUCACGGGCAAGGCCCGGCGUCGCUCCCCUGCAGGGCAGGCCUCCUCCAUGCUGGCCCAGCGGAGGCGCUCCAGUGCACAGCCCCAGGGCUGCCUCCUGGGCUGCGGGGUGGGCACCCAGGGAACCAGCCGCCGUCGCUCCAGCACCGCGCCCCCUGCCUGCAAUCCCCGCUUUGUUGUGGAAUCCGUGCCCACCCCUCCGCCUGCCACCGUUGGGGCUCAGCUUCUGGGUGCACCUCUGCUCUUGGCUGGGCUUGUGGGCAUGAAAGAGGAGGAGGAGGGUGUCCAGGAGGAGAAUGUGACUGCCAGGGCAUCAAGUGCCACCCAGCCGGGCACCAGGACACCUCCCAACACUGCAGGCACCCGGCUGCUGCCAACCCUGCCCCGAUGCCUGCGUCGAGCCUCCUCCCACCUGCUCCCUGCUGAUGUGGUGUAUGAUCAUGCCCUCUGGGGCCUGCAUGGCCACUAUCGUCGCCUCAGCCAACAGCGGCCCUCUGGCCAGCACCCUGGCCCUGGGGGCCGAAGAGCCUCAGGCACCAUGGUGGGCGCCAUGAUCCCUGCCCGGGUGCGCCCGCUGACCCGCAGGCGCCAGGUAGCCCUGCGGCGCAAGUCGGCAGGACCCCAGGCCUGGAGCACCCUGCUUGUGAAAGCUAUCACCAAGUCGGGCCUCCAACACCUGGCACCCCCUCCCCCAACUCCUGGGGCCCUGUGUGGCGAGGCCGAGAGGCAGAUCCGGAGCACUGUGGACUGGAGUGAGUCAGCAACAUAUGGGGAACACAUCUGGUUUGAGACCAACGUGUCGGGGGACUUCUGCUAUGUUGGGGAGCAGUACUGCGUAGCCAAGAUGCUGCAGAAAUCUGUAUCCAGGAGAAAAUGUGCAGCCUGCAAGAUUGUGGUGCACACCCCCUGCAUUGAGCAGCUGGAGAAGAUAAAUUUCCGCUGUAAGCCAUCCUUCCGGGAAUCUGGUUCCAGGAAUGUCCGUGAGCCAACCUUCGUACGGCACCACUGGGUGCACAGGCGACGCCAGGAUGGCAAGUGUCGGCACUGUGGGAAGGGCUUCCAGCAGAAGUUUACCUUUCACAGCAAGGAGAUCGUGGCCAUCAGCUGCUCCUGGUGCAAGCAAGCGUACCACAGCAAGGUCUCCUGCUUCAUGCUGCAACAGAUCGAGGAGCCCUGCUCCCUGGGGGUCCACGCAGCCGUGGUCAUCCCACCCACCUGGAUCCUCCGUGCUCGGAGGCCCCAGAAUACCCUCAAGGCCAGCAAGAAGAAAAAGAGAGCAUCCUUUAAGAGGAAGUCCAGCAAGAAAGGGCCUGAGGAGGGCCGCUGGAGACCCUUCAUCAUCAGGCCGACCCCUUCACCCCUCAUGAAGCCCCUGCUGGUGUUUGUGAACCCCAAGAGUGGGGGCAACCAGGGCGCUAAGAUCAUCCAGUCCUUCCUCUGGUAUCUCAAUCCUCGACAAGUCUUUGACCUGAGCCAGGGAGGGCCCAAGGAGGCACUGGAAAUGUACCGCAAAGUGCACAACCUGCGGAUCCUGGCGUGCGGGGGCGAUGGCACGGUUGGCUGGAUUCUCUCCACCCUGGACCAGCUGCGCUUAAAACCUCCACCCCCUGUUGCCAUCUUGCCUCUGGGUACUGGCAACGACUUGGCCCGCACCCUCAACUGGGGCGGGGGUUACACAGAUGAGCCGGUAUCAAAGAUCCUCUCCCACGUAGAGGAGGGGAAUGUGGUGCAGCUGGACCGCUGGGACCUCCGUGCAGAGCCCAACCCCGAGGCAGGGCCUGAGGAGAGAGAUGAGGGGGCCACAGACCGGCUGCCCCUGGAUGUCUUCAACAACUACUUCAGCCUGGGUUUUGAUGCCCACGUCACCCUGGAAUUUCAUGAGUCUCGAGAGGCCAAUCCAGAAAAAUUCAACAGUCGCUUUCGGAACAAGAUGUUCUAUGCCGGGACAGCUUUCUCUGACUUCCUGAUGGGCAGCUCCAAGGACUUGGCCAAGCACAUCCGAGUAGUGUGUGAUGGAGUGGACCUGACCCCCAAGAUCCAGGACCUGAAGCCCCAGUGCAUUGUUUUCCUAAACAUCCCCAGGUACUGUGCUGGCACCAUGCCCUGGGGCCACCCUGGGGAGCACCAUGACUUCGAGCCCCAGCGGCAUGACGACGGCUACCUCGAGGUCAUUGGCUUCACCAUGACAUCACUGGCAGCACUGCAGGUGGGUGGGCAUGGCGAGCGGCUGACGCAGUGCCGAGAGGUGCUCCUCACCACGGCCAAGGCCAUCCCGGUGCAGGUGGAUGGCGAGCCCUGCAAGCUCGCAGCCUCACGCAUUCGCAUUGCCCUGCGCAACCAAGCCACCAUGGUGCAGAAAGCCAAGCGGCGGAGUGCCACCCCUCUGCACAGCGACCAGCAGCCAGUACCAGAACAGCUGCGGAUCCAGGUGAGCAGGGUCAGCAUGCAUGACUACGAGGCCCUGCACUACGACAAGGAACAGCUCAAGGAGGCCUCUGUGCCACUGGGCACCGUAGUGGUCCCUGGAGACAGUGACCUAGAGCUCUGCCGUGCCCACAUUGAGAGGCUCCAGCAGGAGCCUGAUGGUGCUGGAGCCAAGUCCCCAACGUGCCAGAAACUGUCCUCCAAGUGGUGUUUCCUGGAUGCCACCACUGCCAGCCGCUUCUACAGGAUCGAUCGGGCCCAGGAGCACCUCAACUAUGUGACUGAGAUCGCACAGGACGAGAUUUAUAUCCUGGACCCUGAGCUGCUGGGGGCAUCGGCCCGGCCUGACCUCCCAACCCCUACUUCCCCUCUCCCCAAUUCCCCCUGCUCCCCUACGCCCCGGUCACUGCAAGGGGACUCUGCACCCCCUCAAGGUGAGGAGUUAAUUGAGGCCGCCAAGAGGAACGACUUCUGUAAGCUGCAGGAGCUGCAUCGAGCAGGAGGCGACCUCAUGCACCGGGACGAGCGGAGUCGCACGCUCCUGCACCACGCGGUCAGCACUGGCAGCAAGGAAGUGGUCCGCUACCUGCUGGACCACGCACCUCCAGACAUCCUUGAUGCUGUGGAGGAGAAGUCCCCAAACUUCCUGCCCUUUCUGAUGGCACUUGGGAGAAGGCCUGAAAAAGGACUGGAGGAGGUCCACAGCCAGCCUCUGCUCCCCCAGCGGGGAGACCUGUCUGCACCAGGCAGCGGCUCUGGGCCAGCGCACCAUUUGCCACUACAUCGUGGAAGCUGGUGCCUCACUCAUGAAGACGGACCAGCAGGGUGACACUCCCCGGCAGCGGGCUGAGAAGGCUCAGGACACAGAGCUGGCUGCCUACCUGGAGAACCGACAGCACUACCAGAUGAUCCAGCGGGAGGACCAGGAGACGGCUGUGUAGUUGGGGCAGCUCGAGGGACUGUAGCCAAAGGAUGAGCUCCUGCCCUGCCCACCUCACUGCCACAUUCCAGUCAGAUGGCCACGGGGGGACCCAUGACCCAGGGAAGGAGCCCUGUGCCAUCCUUGAGAAGCCACCCAGACCUAGGGCUGGACUCUGAGGAGCUGGGGCUCUUACCUGUCCCCCUGAGGUCCCCAGUCUGACCCCUAGGCUCACAGGGGAUCAGGAAACCGGCUGGGCUGGACAGGCCUUUGGGAGACUGGAGCUGGGCGGCUUCACGGCAGCCCCAGCCUCACUGCAACAGAUGUGCUCCGCAGCGGCUGGACAAGGGCCGGGCAGAGUGGCCGAGGCACAGUCAGGGAGGCCUUCAGGAAGAGGCUUCGCAAACCACCUGGACUUUAGGACCCGCCCCAGGUUCCUGGGAGCUUAGACCCUCUCCUGCCCUGACACCCCUCCUGGCUCGACCCGGAAACCCAGGAGCCGGCUGCACUCGCCUGCCCGCUGCCCUGCUUGGCACCUACCCCGUGACCCUCCCGUGCACCAGUCAUUUCAUCGAGGGCUGUGUGGCCUGGGGGGUGGGGGGUUCUCUCGGUGACAUGUUUACAGCUGGGUGUGAGUAAAGUGGAUUUUUUUUUCCCUUUUA